AUGAAUCAAUAUUUGAAGCAAGCAAUAGAACAAGGCUACAUAGAAUCAAUACGUUACAACUCGUUUUCUGAUAUCGAAGAAAUUAAGCGAGAAUCGAAAAGUGAAGUUUCAAAAGCUAACUGGAAUGAUACUGGAAAAAUUGUUGCCCUAAAAUCUUUCGAUAUUUACGCUGUGGGAAACGACUGUUCUUCAUUUGAUGAUUUUAUUAGUAAG